CUGAUUGUUGAGGUUAAAAAUAUUUCUCCCUCGGAUUGUUGUCUAUAAAUAGUUAAAAAAUAAAAACCAAUUCGGGCAUCAAUUAUAUCAAGGGGAGAUACAAUCAAUAAUUUAAACAAACAUUUUUUGAUAGCUAUUUUAUGCUGAAAAUACCUGAAGUCAUGCGAUAACUCUCGUCUGUAGUGCAUUUGGUUGUGUUUUCCUGGAUAAUAAUGGCGAAACAACUGUCGAGCUACUGGGUAAAAUUUUUCACCAAUGCAGGAUUUCCACUGGACGUAGCGACAAAACAUGCUGUGGUUUUCUCCAAUAAUCGUAUAAAACCCGAUAUGCUGCCUGAGCUGGACAAACCAAGCCUGAAGGAGAUGGGGAUAACCCUGAUGGGGGACAUGAUAGCAAUUCUGCGUUACGCCAAGAAAGUAUCCGAGGAGAUGACCUGCGAGAGAUUCCUGGUGGAAACUAAGGAGAUCAGUCCACCAGAGAGAGUUCUAAAGGUAUCAAAACCAGUAGUGAAGAAGCCCCUAGUAAUAUCAAAGGUGUCAGCUGUAUCUGCACGUCCAGUACCUCCAAAAGAGCCUGCCAAGACCCUGAGGGCAGUGUCCAGUACGAUAGCAACCAGCUCAGUCCAGAAGAGAAAAGUGAGUGCUGAGCCACAGGAGCCACAGGUGAAGAAGAGAAAAAUUGUGACAAAAGUCGUGGAGAUUGACAGCGACAGCCAGGAGGAAUGGACGAUGCAGAUGCAGAAGAGGCUGAAGGCAGGGAACGGCAUUGCCGUCAAGAGUCUCUCGAGGCCCCCCAGUAAAGCAGAUCCUGGGGCUAAGAAGAAUUUCGAGCAGAAGAGAACAGUCUUUGAUAGACUAGGGGAUAGCUCAGUCACCAGCACCACCAGCUCCAGCGAGGCUAAUCCCACGUUCAAUAUCACUGGCCUUGGGGAUGUCCUCAAGAGAAAUUCCAGUGUUUUUCAUCGACUCGGUGACAAGGACGCCAAGAGGGAGGAGAAGUCGGCGGGAAUUCUCAAGAAUGGCAGUGCUGGUGGUAAUGGACAGCUCCAGGGAAUUCUUAAGAGCAAAGCUUCUAAUAUGGGCAGCACUUUGGUCAAGCUGAAGUCACUUUCCAGUGCUACCAGGGUUGGAGCUGGCACCAUGCAUGCCGAUCACGAGAGAAACAAAUCCACUGUUUCCACGAGUGUUAAGCAACUUGUCAAGACCACUAAGGCCUUGAAACUCGGUGGCCAGAGGAAGGUGGAGAGGAAAGUCAAUAUUAAAAGCAAAUUAGCUUCAGAAUCCGGUUCAUUGCCAGCAAAAGCUCGCCUGGGUACGACCAACCAGAAGCAAGUGACUUUCAACAGAGUGACGACAGUGAAGCAUAUAAAGAAGCCAGGAGUGUUCAGUCGACUGGGGAUUUGAGACUGUUCCAGGGACUAAAUUCUAUCUUUCUACGUGUUUUUUAAGUUCUCGAUUGUCUAAUAAAUUCAUUUAUGCUAGAAUACCUGAAGGAAGAAUUUAUUUUCAUACAUAACUCAAUUUUCAUGUUCACAGUGGACCCGCAAAGUCCUUACCAUUUUCGAUAUUUGUACAUAAAACAAAAAUAUAAUUUCUAUUUGUUUCGUUAAUUUAACACAUAUCUCACCGCAGUUUAUUUCCCAUAGUUUGUAAGUAGAAUGUAGGUCUAGGAUAAAUAAAACAGAAGGAAGUUGUUACUCAGAA